CGUGUUACGUCAUCAUCCCGCGACGGCAUGCUGUUGGCGGUGACAGGCGCGCGGCUCGUCUUCGUCGUCUGACCUUCUGCAACGCGAGCUGGACUGUCUAUGAAUGUCUUGUUUUGGCUGCAGUUAUGUUUCGUAGAUCAUUGUCUGUGUGCUGCAGACAGAUUGGAAAGACGUUUUUAUCAACACUGCCAGAGGAUGUUGGACUACCCAGCAAUCUGAAACUUCCUCCAAAUCUAAUCAGCACUGCAAAGCGAGAGAGGCCCAGCCCGGUUGGUUCAGGACUGCCUGUUCUCAGAAAAUGUGAGAUUGAAAUUCCUCCCCAGCUAAGUGCUAAACAAGCGUGGCUGGAGUCCCUGAAAGACGACACAUUGGGACUAGUCGAACUGCAUCCUGAUGUGUUUGCUGUGCCUCCCCGACUGGAUAUACUUCACGAAGUGAUUGUCUGGCAGAGGAAUUUCAAAAGAAUUAGCCAUGCUAAAGUAAAGACACGAGCAGAAGUGAGAGGUGGAGGAAGGAAACCCUGGCAGCAGAAAGGAAGUGGCAGAGCACGGCAUGGCAGCAUUCGCUCACCAUUAUGGAGAGGAGGUGGUAUUGCACAUGGACCAAGAGGGCCUACUAGUUACUAUUACAUGUUGCCCAUGAAAGUGCGUGUAUUGGGACUGAAAGUAGCUUUGAGCACAAAGUUAGCUCAGGAUUAUCUUCAUAUCAUCGACUCUCUUGAGAUACCCACCCCAGAGCCACAGUACCUUUUGGACCUGGCCAAGCAGAGGCAGUGGGGCGAAUCUGUGCUGAUUGUCGAUGUCCAUGAAGACAUGCCAGAAAAUAUUUUGAAGGCUACAGCCAACCUGAAGACCAUAAAUUUGAUGCCAGUCAUUGGGCUGAAUGUGUACAGCAUGCUAAAACACGAAACUGUUCUCCUCACCGUGGACGCAGUGAAUUUCUUGGAGAAGAAACUGCUUUGGCAUGAUCACAGAUACUCUCCCCUUUACCCGUUUAGGUUGCCCUACAAUGAUUUUCCAUGAAUUAUGACACACUUCUCAGGAAAAAUAAAAAUUUAUUCUGUA